UCCCUUGUGGUGCUCACGUAGUCGUGCGUCACCUCCCCAGUUUCCCCCCCCACCACCACCGUUGCACAGAGGAAGAAAGGGGGAGAAGGGCAGCUUGUACUGAACGCCUUCACACAAACAUGAGCGGCGGGCGGGCCAGGACCAGCUCCUUCGCUGAGCCUCCCGGAGCUCCCGGAGCCGUGGCAGCCGGUGCCGGAUCAUCAGGAGCCAGCGGAAGCUCCGCAGGAAAACCUGGGGCUUCGCAAGCCACUGGAGGCAGCUCGACGGGUUUUGGAAAUGUGAAAAUGACUCGAGACAGUGGCAAAGUGACAACUGUGGCAGCCACACCCGGUCAAGGCCCAGACUGUCCGCAGGAAGUGUCCUACACAGACAUUAAGGUCAUCGGUAAUGGCUCCUUUGGCGUGGUCUACCAGGCUCGCCUCAUCGACAGCCAGGAGAUGGUGGCGAUUAAGAAAGUUCUCCAAGACAGAAGGUUUAAGAAUAGAGAACUGCAGAUAAUGAGGAAAUUGGACCACUGCAACAUUGUGAGGCUACGGUACUUCUUCUACUCCAGUGGUGAAAAGAAAGACGAGGUGUACUUGAAUCUUGUGCUGGACUUUGUCCCUGAGACUGUCUACCGGGUGGCACGACACUUCAACAAGGCCAAGACCACCAUCCCCAUCAUCUAUGUUAAGGUGUACAUGUACCAGCUGUUCCGCAGUCUGGCUUAUAUCCAUUCCCAGGGCGUGUGUCACAGAGACAUCAAGCCUCAGAACCUCCUGGUGGACCCAGAGACCGCCAUCCUCAAACUCUGUGACUUUGGCAGUGCAAAGCAGCUGGUUCGGGGGGAGCCUAAUGUGUCCUAUAUCUGCUCGCGGUACUAUCGUGCCCCUGAGCUCAUCUUUGGUGCCACCGACUACACGUCCAACAUCGACAUCUGGUCGGCUGGCUGCGUGCUGGCAGAGCUGCUGCUGGGUCAGCCCAUCUUCCCUGGUGACAGCGGGGUGGACCAGCUCGUAGAGAUCAUUAAGGUUCUGGGGACACCAACGAGGGAGCAGAUUCGAGAGAUGAACCCCAACUACACAGAGUUCAAAUUCCCACAGAUCAAAGCACACCCUUGGACAAAGGUGUUCAAGCCUCGUACUCCACCGGAGGCCAUUGCGCUCUGCUCUCGAUUGCUGGAAUACACCCCCGUGACCCGGCUGUCUCCUCUGGAGGCGUGCGCACACGCCUUCUUCGAUGAGCUGCGUCAGCCCAACACCCGCCUUCCAAGUGGACGAGAACUGCCGCUGCUCUUCAACUUCAGCCCCGUUGAGCUGUCUAUCCAGCCCCAGUUGAAUUCGACACUCAUUCCUCCUCACGCUCGUGCACAGACAUCACCUGCCUCACAUGAGGGCGUUGUGUCAGACAGUACCGCCCAGCCCAGCUCAGCACCGGGAUCCAUCAACAGCACCUGAGCAACCACCCGUCUGUCAUCCUUUCUUUUUGUCUUCCCCACUUUCCAUCUUCUCCUCCUCCUGCUCUCCUCCUCCUCCGGCUCCAAACCCCUCUCGAACUGAAAAUAUUAGGCGCACACACACACACACACGCACACACACACACACACGUACGUCCCCGUCACAGCUGAUCUCCCUGGGUGGCUCCCAGGGAGAUGUGGGGAUCAUUCAAGUUUUUUAACAAAGCUGACAACAUUGGCUCUGAUCUAUUCCGGCCUGCUGGAAUUAGGAAACAAGCUCGGGAGGUUGUUUGGGAGGAGACGAGUGGGGGAGGAGAGGGUCAAUGCUACGUUGCGUUUUAUCCCUUUUUUAUGUUUCAUUUUAAUUGUCGAUUUUAUCCGUGGCUGCGGUCAUUAGGUCAGUUUGGCUCUUGGAAGAGUUGCAGGUCAAACCAGACUCCUUACUGACAAUCACCCAAGAGAAGGUCCCGACUUGAACUGGUGUCGCUCUGAAACCCCCAUGUGCUUCUCCUCACUUGGCUCGUCCUCUAGGCCGUCGUUUCCUGGUAAUUUUAGGUCAUGGUUUUAAACUGUAUGACAAAGGCGAGGACUACUUUCUCUCUUUGUUUUCUUCUUUUUGGCUCCUCAAUGGCCUUUUAUGUAAAUGGAAGAAGGAACCGUGUGGUUUCUUUGUGUAACCUUCACUGAUGAAGCUCAAUGUUUCUAGUAUAAAUGUGGGUAUUGCACAUAUCCAAAGAGAGUAGAGGCUUAAGCUAAGUGCUGUGCUGUUUAUGUGUGUAAUAAUAAAUGCCAGAGGGAGCAGUAAGCGUGAGGCUCCGUCUGCAUCCAAACCUCCGGUCCGGCUUUCCUCCUGCUUUUGGAGCGAAAGCUCAGCUCAUGUCACCUUGUUUGUGGGAAUCACGGAACCUUUCUGACGCAGAGGAGAGCCAUCUCACCUGGCAUCAUCACCGUCGACCCGUUUGCUUCGGUGGUUGUGAGUGCUGACUCCCUCGUCACCAUCUUCCCAAACCGCCCGCCCACCCUCCUGCCUCUCCUCCUUCCUGUCCAGUGGUCACAGGAACUGAUCAUGAUUGACGGAACAGCCUGACUGUCAACCACCACUCACACAUGCAGCUCAACUUGACCUCACGUUAGCACCACAUGAUGCUGAAACAGCUGUAUUCCUCUUUUAGUUGUUUUUUUUCUCCUUUGGAGCCUCAAUCCCAUUCCUCUCUGUCCUCAUGCCUCUGCUCCUUCCUCCUCUUUUUCACUGCUACUCUGUAAAUAUCAAGUACCUUUUAUUUUAUUUUGUUAUUAUUGUUAUUAUAUUGUUGUUCUUGUAAUUUUUUUUUCUCUAACAGCCGGUCGCUGCAGCGGCCGGACUGUUUAUCCUCAGUUGCAGUCUGUAAAUAUGAUUCAUUUCAAUCCCCGAUUCACUCGGGGAAAGACAGAACAAAAUGUUUUUUUUUUUUGUUUUUUUUUUUUAUCUCUCUCCCUCCAUUUCUCUCGGCGGUGCUCCCCCGUUUCUCAUUUCCAUGUUAUUGUCGUCUUAACUGUUUUAUUUAUUGUUGUGUUUGGGGGGGUUGUUCUUUUCCACCGCGGUGGUCAUGAAUAUAGGGUUUUAUUCAUUUUUUUUUUUUUUUUUUUUUUUAAUUGCAGAUAUUAGUUCAGCAGUGUCAGGUAAUUUACAUCGGAGAUACUGUACUUGAUCAGUCUGUUGUGUGUGUGUGCGUGUUUUUAUUGUUUUUGUCUGAGUUGUGUGCUGAUUAAACGCAAACGGACUCCA